GCAAGCGCGUCGAUGCACGCAGUGGUCUCUGUGACAGGCUAGCGCGCCAAAUUGAUGUUACCGACAACAGAAAACAAAUUAAUGCUUAGCUAGCCACAAAACUACCCAGUACACGUCGCGGAGAGUCUUAGGACGAAAUUGUUUUCCUGUCAAAGCUCAGACUGAGGCACCUGGUCCGCUGUCAGGAUGGGUCUGCUCGAGCGUUGCCAGGAGCUUUUUAAGACCUCAAACUUGUAUGAGGUUCUGGGAAUCAACAAAGAGGCGACAGAGGCUGAGAUCCGGAGGAGCUACUACAAAGUGUCGCUGAAAGUCCAUCCAGACCGGGCUCCUGACGACCCGCUGGCCACAGAGAAAUUUCAGGUGUUGGGAAAGCUGUACGCGGUGCUGAGCGAUAAGGAGCAGAAGGCUAUUUACGAUGAGCAGGGAGUGGUGGAUGAAGAGUCUGACGUCCUGAAGCAAGACCGCUGUUGGGAAGACUAUUGGAGACUGCUUUUCCCAAAGAUCACAGUCCAGGACAUACUUGAGUUUGAGAAGACGUACAAGGGCUCUGACGAGGAGCGACAGGAUGUGAUCAAGCUUUACUUACAGCACGAGGGAGAUAUGGACGCCAUCACCGCCUCAGCUCUGUGCUGCUCCCAAGAAGAUGAGCCCAGGCUGUGCAGCAUGAUCCAAGAUGCCAUCGAUAGUGGCGAAGUAACAGCCUUCCCAGCUUUUACUCAUGAGACCGAGAAGAAGAAAAGGGCCCGGAGGAAGAGGGCUGAUAGAGAGCGCCAAGAAGCAGAGGAAAUGCAGAAAAAGAUGGGGCUGGACGACCAGGAUGACAGUCUUGUGAUGAUGCUUAAGCAACGACAGCAGUCCAGAGAGCAAAAUUUUAACAGUUUCCUGUCUGACCUGGAAGCAAAAUACUCCAAGAAAAGUGCCCCAAAACCCCAAAAAGGAAAAAAAGCAAAAAAGUAAAAUGUUCUAAUAUUAGUAGAUACAAUGUAUGUAAGUUCUGGAAGAUAACCACAUUCACAAAACAAACAACUUUGGAAGAACAUUCAUAUACACAGUUGUACAGCUGCAUUCUGUAAUCAUUGAAAUGAUCAGCCUCAGUAGCUUUUAUGUGACGCUGUAUUUUGUCUCAUUUGUUUUUUCUGUUAAUCUUAAAAAAUAAAAAAAAGACCCAAAAAACCCAAAUAAAUCCAGUUA